AUGAAGCUGCUAACGAAGACGACAAUGAAGUUUUUUAAAAUAUUCGAGAACAGUGACAAUAAUAGCUACAAUGAUUUCGAUGCAACAUUCACCAACAAUUCAAUUAGUGAUAAUUCUGAUGAAAUGAAAAUCUGGAGAUGCAUUAACAUAGAGAUUAGCGACGUCAGUGAAGAUGAUUUUAAGAUUAACGACGGUUUUAUUGCUGAUGAGGAUGAGAUUUGCAUUGCUGCAUCACUGAUUGACAAAAAAGACGUCAACAAAGAAUCUUACAACAUGCACCUGAGCUACCUGUCUGGUUAUUCUACACCUCGUAAACUCAAAAGAAAGAAAGCACCUGCUUCAAGUGCCAAUAGAAUCAAGAAAAGACCACGACGUCUGCCUAUGGCUAGAAGAACCAAAACAACCUAA